AUGGGGAACGGAGAUGGGGGACGGAGAUGGGGGACGGGGAUGGGGGACGGAGAUGUGGGACGGGGAUGGGGGACGGAGAUGGGGGACGGGGAUGUGGGACAGGGAUGGGGGACGGAGAUGGGGGACGGGGACGGGGACGGAGAUGGGGGACGGAGAUGGGGGACGGAGAUGGGGGACGGGGAUGGGGGGACGGAGAUGUGGGACGGGGAUGGGGGACGGGGAUGGGGGACGGGGAUGGGGGACGGAGAUGGUGACGGAGAUGGGGAACGGGUAUGGGGAACGGGGAUAGGGGACGGGGAUGGGGACGGAGAUGGGGAACGGGUAUGGGGAACGGAGAUGGGGAACGGAGAUGGGGGACGGGGAUGGGGAACGGGGAUGAGGGACGGGGAUGGGGAACGGGGAUGGGGAACGGGGAUGGGAGACGGGGAUGGGGAACGGGGAUGGGGGACGGGGAUGGGGAACGGAGAUGGGGAACGGGGAUGGGGAACGGGGAUGGGAGACGGGGAUGGGGAACGGGAUGGGGAACGGGGAUGA